CUCGGUCCGGACCCAGGCGAAACCGAACCUCGUUCGAGCGAUCCCGUUUCCAAUUCCCUUCUAUUUCCUCUUCCAAGUAGCGUCGGAGGGCGCUAGGGUUCGUUCCCCUUCCCUCCUCCCAAGCGGCGACCGGCGAUCGGCAACGAGUGCCCUUCCCGACCGGCGAGAGGAGCAUCCAACCGGCAAUACAAGCAUCCAAGCGCGAUACCAGAUGUCUGGGGAAGAGGAAGAGAAUGCUGCGGAGCUAAAAAUUGGUGAAGAGUUUUUGAGGGCAAAGUGCCUGAUGAAUUGUGAAGUUGCACUUAUUCUUGACCGUAAAUAUGAGCAGCUUCAGCAGCUGUCUGAUGAUCCUACAAACCAAAUAUCACAGGUGUUUGAGAAGUCAAUGCAAUACGUGAAACGCUUUAGUCGCUACAAAAACCAAGAUGCUGUGAGACAAGUUAGAGAAAUCCUAAGUAGGUACCAAUUGGCUGAAUUUGAGCUUUGUGUGCUUGGCAAUCUUUGCCCUGAAACUGUUGAGGAAGCUAUUGCUAUGGUCCCAUCUAUUAAGCGCAAAGGACGGAUCCAUGAAGAUGAUGCAAUCGAGAAAAUGCUAAAUGAUCUCUCUCUGAUAAAGAAAUUUGAAUAGUGCAAUCAUGUCAUGGGCAUCUUGAACUCGUACAAACUGUCUUAUAUUGUUGCAUGUUCCAAGGGGCAUGUAGUGAUCAGUCUAUGUAUUGACAACUGGUCUGCAGAUUGAAUGGAUCCAUUGGAAUAUUUUGGGCAGGAAUGUAGAAUGAAUGUUGGUAUUUAGUAGAUAGAUAUUUGGUAGCUGUGAGUUGUGGCCUAUUGUUAAAUCUGUAUCGAUGAAAUUCUGCUCUCAAUCAACUGUUACAGGAAGCGUAAGCAUAAGGUUGGCAGUCUUCAAUAUUUGGAUAUUCAUUUGAAUUUUAUUCUGUAUAUCUGGAUUCAUGCUUAAGCUGGCAUAAGAAAAAACGUUAUGA